ACGUCUUCUUCUCUUACUCUCUCUUCUACUACUGCAAGUAUUAAACCCACCACUAAAAUCUUCUCCAAAUCAAAUUCCCCGCACCAAAUUCUCCGCACCAUUAAUGCCCCUCUAUCCCCUCCCCCUCCACCCGCUCGUGCUUGAAACCCUAACCCUAACCCUAGAUCCGUGAUGUCGGUGGUGGUGGUGAAGCUCCGAUUAACCUACUAAAUCCAUGGCGCUCUCCCCUCCCGCCGCCUCCUCCCUCCUCUUCCUCUCCUCCCGCCGCUGCUCUACUAGGGUUCGUAUCCCCAUCUUCGCCCUGCGAAACCCUACCCUGCGUAUCCGCUCCCCGCUCCCCAGACCCCAUGGAUCGCUCCGGCUCGACCGGACCCUCACCGCCGAGGAGGGCGAGACGAUGGGGGAAGGGUUCUUCGAGGCGAUCGAGGAGCUCGAGCGCAUGGUGCGCGACCCCUCUGACGUGCUCGGGGAGAUGAUCGAGCGGCUCUCGGCGCGGGAGCUGCAGCUGGUGCUCGUCUACUUCGCGCAGGAGGGGAGGGACUCGUACUGCGCCCUGGAGGUGUUCGAUUGGCUGCGGAAGGAGAACAGGGUCGACGGGGAGACGAUGGAGCUGAUGGUGUCGAUCGCGUGCGGCUGGAUCGAGCGGCUGGUGGGCGGCGACCACGCGGUGGGGGAGGUGGUGGCGCUGCUGAAUGAGAUCGAGUGCGUCGGGCUCGAGCCGGGGUUUAGCAUGGUGGAGAAAGUGGUGGCGUUGUAUUGGGAGAGGGGUAAGAAGGAUCGGGCGGUGGAGUUCGUGAAGGAGGUGAUGAGGAGAGGAGGAGUCGGAGGCUAUAAGGUUGGAGACGGCCGCGAGAAUGAGAAGGGAGGGCCCGUCGGUUAUCUCGCAUGGAAGAUGAUGGUAGAUGGAAACUACAGGGGUGCAGUCAAAUUAGUUAUCGAAUUCAAGCAGGGCGGGUUCAAACCCGAAGUGUAUAGUUACCUAAUUGGUUUAACAGCCUUGGUUAAGGAGCAAAAGGAGUUCUCAAAAGCUUUACGCAAGUUGAAUACCUCCGUCAAAGCGGGCCACAUCUCCAAACUAGAUGUUUCAACUCUGCAAAGCAUAGAAGAAUAUCAGUCGGAGCUAAUAAAAGAUGGAACUUCAAUGUCCGAUUGGGCACUGCAAGAAGGAAGCCCCAAACUUUCCGGACUCAUCCACGAGCGGCUCCUCGCUUUGUACACUUGUGCUGGUCGCGGUCUAGAAGCCGAAAGCCAAUUAUGGCUUAUGAAACUCUCGGGUAAGGAGCCCGACAAAGAGCUUUUUGACGCUGUGUUAGCCAUUUGUGCGUCUCAAAAAGAAGCCAGUUCGGUUCAGAGACUCCUUACGGGAGUGGAAUCCAUGAGUCCCAGCUUUAAAAAGAAGACGUUAUCGUGGCUUUUGCGGGGGUAUGUGAAGGGAGGGUUUUAUUUAGAUGCCUCAGCAACCCUAAUGCAAAUGCUCGAUUCGGGUAUAUGUCCCGAGUACUUGGAUAGAGCGGCCGUAUUGCAGGGACUACAAAAAAGUAUACAGGAAAGUGGGGAUAUUGAACCUUAUGUUAAGCUUUGCAAGCGGCUAUCAGAUAUGGAUCUGAUCGGGCCGUGUCUUGUGUAUUUGUACAUACAAAAGUAUAAGCUGUGGGUUAUAAAGAUGCUGUGAAGGAUUUCCUUGUUUCGCAUCAACUGAGACCUGCACAUUGAAUUGCAGCCUUUUUUUCUAUUUAAAAGUUGGACGAUUGGAUUGAAAGCAUAAACUUGAUGGCGAGCUGACGGAGAUUAAUGGUGCACCGGUAGAUGGAUGCACUGAGUGCAGGCAGUACUGUUUCCUCUAACAAGAGGUGAAAUUCAAAGUGCCAAUUCUGAAAGUUUUUAGAGUACCAAAUGUCUGACUUACAAAAUAUGAGAACUAAGAUAGAAUUUGAAUAGAAGCUUGGGGAUUACCAGUGCAGUUUCUUUCUUUUUUCUUAGAAUCUUCAUAUAAUAAGUGCUCUACUGCAGGAAGAUGUGUAGCUCUUCAAAGAGGUUUUCAUUAGAAUUUCUCUGCUGCAAACUAUUCUUAUAUUUUGAAGGUGAAAAAGCUGAAGUAUCUACUACAGUGGCUUGUUGGUGAAGUCAGAAGCUCUAACUUUGCAAUGUACAGACAUAUGAUUUGCUGAGCUUUCUGGCAUCUGCUGCUAAAAGCUGAGUCAAAUCUGUACUUUUGUAUCAGUCAAUAACAGGGUGGAAAGGAGAUGAGCUGCAUCCUGCUUUACUUCUCUUUUCUUUUCCUUUUUUUUUUUUUAAUAA